AUGUCGGUUUACUCGCACGAUGAGGAUCACGAUCCUCAAGCGGAUGAGCUCCGCGAGACUGCGCUGGUCACCCUUGAAGCUUUGAUCAGUUCCUGCAACCAGCAGAUGCAGCCGUAUCUGGCUAAUACGACCAGUGCAGCUCUUCGAUUCCUCAAAUACGAUCCGAAUGUCGCUGAAAUGGAGGACGAUGAAGAGAUGGGAGGUACCCAGGAUGAUGGCAGCGAGGAUGAUGCCACAGAGGAACCUGACUUGGACGACGACGAAUUCGACGACUUCGAAGAGGAAGACGGAUACAGUGACGUGGAUGACAUGAGCUGGAAGGUCCGCCGGUGUUCAGCCAAGCUGCUUUACUCGCUGAUCUCUACCUACGGUCGCAGCCGUGUCCUAGACGACGCAGCUCUAUACCAGCAGAUUGCCCCCGCCCUGAUCGCCCGCAUUGGUCGUGAAAGAGAGGAGAGUGUCAAGCUGGAGGUGGUGUCUACCCUGACUGCCCUUGUCCGUAAGACUAGCGAAGGGACCGGCAUUAUCACCUCCAAUGGAUUCCUCGAAGCGGUUGGCGGAUCGAAGAAUUCUCGCAAAAGAAGACGCCAGGACAGCGAUGCCAGUAUGGUUGAUUUUGAGCCCAGUGUCGGCACGUCUUCUGCGAUCGACUCUCCCGCUGUCCCAUCCUCUCCGAAGUCUGGCCCACAGGCUGAAUUGGCCCGUUCCGUGCCCCUGAUUGUGCAAAGCCUUGUCAAGGUCUGGAAGCAAGCCUCGAUGCCUCUUCGACAAGCCGUUAUCAUUCUGCUGAAGAGCCUUUCUUUGGUACGCUACGGCGGCUUAGCAGACCACCUUCAGCAGAUCGAAGACCUCAUUGCGGACGCACUGAAGACAUCAUCACUUUCAGGAAGCUCAGCGGCUCACUCAGGUGCGGCUGUCAGUGCAGGAACUCUGCAGAUUGAGACAUUGGGUUUGAUCUCUGCCAUUGCGGAGACACAUCUUUCUGAUGCGCUUCUGCCGUUCCUGAUUGCUCUCGUGCCUGGCGUUGUCGGUGCUGUGAAUGAACGCAAUUACAAGGUCAGUAGCGAGGCCCUGGGUGCCGUGGAGCAGAUUGUCAAGGCCUUGACUCCACCUCGGGCAUCGUCCAAUGCCUCCGAUAUGGCCAUGCAGCUGGAGAAGCUUUAUGAUGUGGUUCUUGCCCGCAUUGCUGACACUAGCGCUGAUCUGGAAGUCCGCCAGCGGGCCAUUCAUGUCUUCGGUGUCAUCCUCGCCCGCACGUCGGGUGAACGAGGUACGGAGUACCUGUCCGCUGACCGUAGGUCUCGGGGACUUACGGUUCUGUCUGAUCGUGGCAAAAACGAGACCACACGUCUAGCAGCUGUUCGUGCCAUCGACGAUGUUGUAGUCCUAGCCGACCGCAAGCAGGACGUGACGGAUGAAUGGGUUAACGAUGUUACUCUAGAGCUUGGUUCCAACCUUCGCAAGGCUGACCGUGCUUUGCGAGGCUCAUGUCUGGAAGCUCUUCGCAGCAUUGCCAUGAACUCCAACACGCGCUCGCACCUCAAUGCUACCACAAUGGCCACUCUAGAGAAUGUUUUGUUGCCUCUUCUGGCUGCUCCCGAUUUCCACCUGCUUACUCCUACCUUGAUCAUCUUUGCUAAAUUGAUCCCCGGAAACUCGAAGACUCUGGUCAACGAUGCCCUGAUCUCGUCUAUCUGUACCAUUGUGAAGCAACCGCUGGUCGGCACCGUCCUGAAGGCAUUGCUUCUUUUAGUCAAGGUUAUUGGCGAGGAGGGCACCGGUGCUCAAUUGAUGCAAAACUUGCUGCAGAAUGUUGGCAUUACUGGCGACUCGUCCGUCGUUGGUCGGGCCAUUGGUACCCUCUUAGUGCAUGGCGGACCCAACCUCGGCGUCAAGAUGGACGACUUCUCCAAUGAGUUGCAAUCCGCCCAAGACGACAGUCGCAAAUGCCUUGCCCUGGCAAUUCUCGGCGAGAUCGGACUCCGGAUGGGUGCCGAAUGCUCUCUCUCUCCCGAUCUGUUCAUUGCCCACUUCAACUCUCCUUCCGACCAUGUCCGCUUGGCCGCUGCUACUGCCCUCGGAAAUGCAGCAGCUGGAAGUGUCAAGGCUUACCUGCCUAUUCUGCUGAACGGGUUGACCAAAUCUAAUCCUCAGGGCUACCUUCUCCUCCACUCAGUUCGCGAGCUGCUCCAGCAUCCUGAGGUGGUGCGCCCGGACCUCGCGUCUUCUGCCUCCAAACUGUGGCAGUCUCUCCUCGUCGUGUCGGAGGAAGAGGACAACCGGGCCGUAGGUGCCGAAUGUGUUGGCCGUCUUGCUCUGAUUGAUCCGGCGGCAUACCUUCCUCUUUUCCAGGAGCAUCUUUCCACCCAAGACGUCGUCAUCCGCGGCGUAGUCAUCUCAGCCUUCCGGUAUACGCUUGCUGACUCCAGCGACGCCUACAACGACGUUCUUCGUCCCCUGAUGCUGCCCCUUCUGACCAACAUGCUCGCUGACAACGACCUGGAUGAACCUACUCCUUCCCACCUCGACGAACUGCUCCCGGCCGUCUUUGGCGACACACAGAUCAAGCCAGAGCUGAUCCGCGAGGUGCAGAUGGGCCCGUUCAAACACAAGGUGGAUGACGGACUCGAACUGCGCAAGAGUGCCUACGAAACUCUCUAUGCAUCCCUCGACACGUCCUUCUCGCGUACGCACAUCGCCGAGCUGUACAACCGAGUGCUAGCGGCUGAUCACCAUCGCCCCGAGGAUACGGAGCGCCGUCUCGACCUCCUUGCCGAACAGUACACGAAGGUCCUCUCCUUCAAGCCCAAGGAUAACGCCGUGAAGCAAGAAUUGGAGAAGGCCCAGGAAGCUUCGCUGGGCAUCCUCAAGAUUACCAAGGAACUCAGCAAGGCGUUCCCCACUGCGGAGGCAUCCAAUGAUCUGCACCACUGGAGAACCUACAUGGAAUACGUGCGGAAGCAAUUCUCCAAAGAGUUCCAGAGUCUGGAUGACUUCUGA